AUACGUGAAACAUGUUUGGUUUAAAAAAAAAAAAUAAAAUUUUAUUGGUUUUAAAAUGAAAAUUGUUUCACGUAAUUAAUCUUAAUUAAUUGCAAUACAUUGCAAUGAAUUGUUUUAUUGAAGCGGAAUGUUUACGUAGUUACAAUGACUUAGUUGUUAAUUAUAAUAAAUUAUUUAAUGCAAAUUCAUAUUUAAAAAAGGAAAACAAACAUUUACAAGUAAACUUGAGAACACAUUCAAAGUUAUUAGAAGACAGAAAAUACCGCGUUUAUGAUAUAAUUCAAACUCAAAUCGAACGUGAAAAAUGUCAUAUUGAAAAAAUAGAAGAUUUGAAAUGUAAAUUAUGUACAAAAGAUAAUGAUAUAAACACACUUAAACACAAAUAUAAUUUAAACAAGAAACAAAUAGAUAAAUAUCAGAAAGAACUAAAAUUGAUUAAAGAAAAAUACCAAAAUCAAACCGGUAAAGUUGCAAGCAAAUGCUGUUCGAGUAAUGAUUGCAAAUCAGAAAAAACAACAGUAGAUUCAGAAUGUUCAUGUGAAGAUAAAUGUUCGAUAGAUUCAAAAUGUUCAUGCUCAAAUAAAUUAUCGGUAGAUUCGAAGUGUUCAAGUGAAAAUAAAAUGCAAAUAGAUUCAAAAUGUUCAUGCGAUUGUAGAAACUCAGAAAAAGAUUGUGAGAGUAAAAUCUAUAGUGAUGUACAAGAAUUGCUGCUUGCUAUUGAAGAAUAUUGCAAUUCAAAAACGUUAUGUAUUUCAAUACUAACGUUAUUGGGACAAUCAAAGACAACUAUUAUCAGUUUAAUUGAGGAAAAUGAUAUCAAUAGUAAUGCAUUGAAACAAUGUCAAAGUGACCUUGCUUAUUCUAUGAAACAAUUAAACGAACAACUAGACAUAUUAAAAGAAAAAGAUUCUGAGAUACUCACAAUGAGAUCAGAUUUUACCAUUUUAGUAGACGAGUUGAAAGAAAUAGAAAAGCAGAAAUUAAAUUUAAAGAACAGUUUAAAUCAAGUACAAGAAGAAUUGUGUAUUAAGAAUGAGAACCAUGAACAACUAUUGAACAAAUUUGAAGAGCAGAAAGAGGAAUUAAACAAUAUAAAAUCUUGUUCAAAAACAAAACCCUGUGAUGAUGAAUGUAUAUCAAAAGAAAUCUGUGAAAAAACAGAAGCACUUACAAACGAUAUUGAAAUUAUAGAUGGAUUAGAAAAACAGUUAAAAGAAACAGAAAAUUCGAAAAUAAUUUGUGAAAACCAAUAUAAGAACCUGUGUUUAAAAAACGAGGAACUGGAGAACGAAUUAGAAAUUGAAAAAAAUAAUAAUAUAAAAAGUAGUCAUAAUAUUGAAAAUCUUUGUAAAAGAAUUCUUAAAUUUGAAGCCGUAAUAAAAGCUAUUGAAAUUCAAAAUAAAUCAUAUAUAGUGGACAUUGCCGAACUGAAGGAAAGCAAAUGUGUCGCAGAAAAAAAAUUCAAUGAAAUAAUUAACGAAUUAAAUUCCACUAUUGAACAAUUAAGAAAAGAAUUAAUUACCACUAAAUUAAAUAAUGAAACAUAUGGAAAAUGCUUGGAAAAUUUAAGAGAAGUAGAUAAAAAUGAUUUUGAACAAAAAAUUAAUGAAUUAAAAAAUAAUAUUGAGAACUUAGAAAUUGAACUUAAAUAUUAUAAAUGUCAACAUGAUUCAUUAUUGACAAAAAACUUGUUAAACGAAAAAGAACUUUCGCAAUUUUUUGAGAAGAUUCAACUGUUACAAACUCGAGAAUUUGAAUUGAAUAAAGAAAACGAAGAAAAUAAAGAAAACGUGUCAAUUUUAUGUACAACUGUUGAUACUCUGAAAAGAGAACUAGAAGAAACGAUACAGAAAAACAAUGAAUUAACUUGUCAAAAUCGUGAUUUAGAAGCUCAAAAUACUGUGCAUUGUGAAGAUAUCGAUACAUUGAAUAAUACCAUCGUUUGUGUAAGGAAAAAUGAAUCGUGUGUGAGAAAAGAUUUGGUUGUGUAUAAAGAAUCACUAAUGAAAGCAGAGGAUACAAUUGUCAAUUUGAAUUCAGAAAUCGGCUUAGUCCAAAACGAAUUACAAACAACGUGUGACAACUUGAAUUGUACAAAACAAAAGCUAUAUGACACUGAGGUGAAACUGAAAGAGGAGAUAUGUUUAAAGAAAGAUAUUAAUAAAAAAUAUUGUAAUAUGGUUCAAUGUCUGACUACGAAUUGUAACAUGGAGCAAUCAAUAAAACCAACUAGUGUAAAAUCCACCGAAUGUCAAUAUGAGAUAACAGACUAUUGCUGUUUUACUGAUGAAAACAACACUAAUGUUACAAACGAUGACGUACGGACAAUACACUAUGAAAAUAAUUGCUCAGUUAUCGAUUAUAAAAUAACAAAAGAAUCUACUCAUAUAGGACUACAGACAAAUUUGUGUUGCUCGGAAAUGUGUCCGUCUAAAACGGUAUCAGUGAUUAUUGAGCAAUCCUGUCCAAACGAUAACAUUAUAUGUUGCCCUGAACCAUGUGAUACCAUUACGUGUGACUUUGGCCAAUGUGAAUCAAAUGACAGUUGUACAUGUUCACGUGAACUACCGCUCAAAACAACAUCGCAAUUGCAUUAUCAUUCAGAUGACUGUUUACAUUCUGAAGAAUCAAAACACCCUACUACGUGCGAUUGUGUUGCUUUCAUGGAAAAAGAAAUUUUAAAAUGUCAACUGGCCGAGUCGAAACAAUUAUUGAAACAAUAUGAAACAGAGACCGAAACAAAAUUAUCUGAAAUUAAAAAAGAACGUUGUAAAAAAGAGCUGGAUAUGAAUGAAUGUUUUGAAAAUGAAAAAUUGAAAUACAAAAAAAAUCUGGAUGAUGUUACCGCCCAAUUGAGAGCAUGCGAAGAAAAGAUUGCGUGCAAGGAAAAGGAUUUGAAAUGUUAUCGAUCGAGAGAAAAUCAAUUAAAAAAAGAAAUAGACAAACUGAAGGAAUCUAUAAAAUGCAAAGAUAAAAAAAUCAAAGACUAUGAUAGUAAAAUGAAUACGUUGACUGACUGUUUAGAUGAGUGCAAAAAACAAUUUGUAACUCUUGAAUGCUCGUUGGAGUUGGAAAAAGCAACUAAACUAGAGUUGGACAAACAAUUGGAAACCUUCAACUCUAGUCACAUCGAUGAAUCCGAAAUGAAGACCGUAAAGAAGUUAAAAACACCUGAAAAAGCAGCCAUAGUGAAAAGCCAUCGGAAAAGUGGUUCAGUACGAAAAAAGAUAUCCAAGAAUAGUUUUAUUGAGAAAAAAAGGGUAAUGACACCUUGUGAAAUGAAAAGAUUGAUGUCGGGAGCCGAUCAUAAAACGGAAUACGACUUUGAUGAAACUGAACAAGAAAUGUAUAGUCAUCGACGAUCCGGUUAUAAACAGAACAAAAACUACAGCUGUCUGGUAGUUCGCGAAGACUCACAAAGACUCGGAAAAGGCGACCCGGCAGAAAUCAAGCUACCGGCCGAAUUCAUCGAAUCGUUGCGACAACAAGUGCGAAAAAAUGUAGUUUGCUGUAACAACAACAAUUGUUUUACUUAUGGAUGCUGCAAUCAACUCCGCUUCCGGCGUUAGAUACGUGUAUAACACUUAGCACAAUUUUGGCAUUGAUAAUACAAAGUGAACAGUCUGCAAAUCAGGAUGUGUUUAGUAUCAAAGACAAUUAUAAACUAUCAAAACCCAGGAAUAUAUACAAGAAUACUUGUUUAAUGCCACUUCCAUAAAAAUCCAACAACAAAUUUAUUAUUAUUAUUAUUAUACCUAGUCAUAAUAUUUUAAAA